AGUCGCCGUGCCUACAUUUCCCAGCUUGCACCGCAGCCCCGAGCGGAAGUGUCGUCUCAAAGAUACUUAUAAAGCUGCUUCCCAGGCGGCUGAGAGAGACCAAUGCGUUGCGGGGUGAACCUGCCGCGGCGGCGAUGGGACGAGCACGGAGAAAUGACAGCCCGUGCGGGAAUUUAGGCUGAACCGCCCGAUCCCGUCACACGGACACGGACAGCGACUGUCGAACUAUGUGACAGCUGACAGCUCACUCCUCCAAGAGGCGUGAUCCUUUUUUUGUUUUGUUUUUGAAUUUUUAUUUUUAAUUUAAACAAAAAAACAACCUAAGAAUGGAUCCGGUGAAAUGGGUGCUAAAGUUGACCCGGUGGUGUCGUUUGGGAGUUACGGUGCUCCGUCCCAAACUCGACUAGAUUUAAACGCUUUUUCUUUUUCUUUUUUUUUUGAGGGGGGGACGCUACCUCUCUCCCUCUCUCUGUCUCUGUGGGACGGUGAAAUCAUUUGCAGCUGCAGGGGAGAAAUAACGGGAGCGGGUGUGAAGGAGAUAACGGAAUUAUACCUCUCUGACCGAUGAACUGUGUGAGCCGCCGUGCUGAAGACACUUUCCAGUCAAUUGUUUCAUAGGUAGACUUCUUUUUUUUUUUGCAUGUUGGUUUUGUCGGCUAAAAAUAGACCGCAAUUCAUGCAACUGCACCGCAUGAGCCAUUAAUCCGCACAUGUGUAAGAAAAAAAAACAUCCAGUAUAAUCUCUGAAUUACACUUUUUAUUGUGUGGAAUUGAGGUUAUUGCGGAUUAAAUGGACACCAGGCUGCUGCGCACAGUGUGAGCGUCACCUCCGAGCUGCCGUUUGUCCUUUAUAACUAUCCAACAUUUUUUUUUUUUUUAAAUUAUGAUCCCUGUCACCAGCUGGACACAGCUUUAUCCACUGGAUAGUCCAGGGAUUAUCUGUUUAGAAUCACACAAAAGGAGAAUAUGACGCCAAGGAUGUAACAUUAGUAGUUUUUUGUUAAUUAUUUAGCUCACAGUUAACUUGAACCUUUUACGCCGAACUUUUUCCAGUGGAUGCAUGUUGCCAAAAGAUUAAGUCCUGUUGUGAUGAAGCACAUGUAUGAGGCAGUGACUUGUGACAGCAUGAAAACGUGUGCAGUGCACGGAUAAAGAAAGUUAUUGUACCUGCGCUUUGUUUGGUGAAGUUGCCUUUACGCACCGGAAAGCAUGCGCCCUACACAUAUGAAGAUCUCCUAGCCCUGUCUCCUUCUUCUUCUUCUUUUCUCAAAGUAGUUUUUGAUCAAAGAUGCAUGGCACCUUUUUAUGAGAAAGCCCGCUAUAAAUAAACACUUUAAAAUCUGGUAAGAUGUUUUUUCUUUUUGAGUGGGGUGGUAAGAACAUGAUGUGGAUCCAACUGUGGUGAUUGCUUCUUCCAUGCGUCUUUCUUCUCCUCCAGACCUCUGGACGUUGUUGUGGAUUGUGUUGCUAUUUAAUGCAAUGGGCUGUAUCCAGAGUAUCAGGUGUAAGCCCAAGAGUUUCCGAGACAGUAUCAUCGUCCUGGAGGUGAACAGUUCCAUCGAUCCCAACCCUACUAGUAUCGACGAGUCAUCCAGCGUGGUCCUGCGCUACCGGACACCGCACUUCCGAGCUUGCGCCCGGGUCCUGGUGCCACCAGUAGCCGGUAAAGAGACAUGGACCAUCGGUUGGAUUCAAGCUUGUAACCACAUGGAGUUCUACAAUACGUAUGGAAACAAAGGGAUGUCAAGUUGGGAGCUCCCCGACCUGCGUGAUGGCAAGAUCCAAGCCAUUAGCGACUCCGAUGGAGUGAACUACCCAUGGUACGGCAACACAACAGAGACCUGUACUGUCGUAGGCCCCACCAAGAAGGACAGCAAGUUCACUGUUAGUAUGAAUGACAAUUUCUACCCCAGCGUGACCUGGGGCGUGCCCGUGAGCGACAGCAACGUGCCUCAGCUUAGCAGCAUCCGCCGCGACCAGAGCUUUACGACCUGGCUAGUGGCCAUCAACCAGGCCACCUCAGAGACACUCGUCCUGCAGACGAUCCGCUGGAGGAUGCGGCUUCACAUCCGAGUGGACCCAGAGAAGCCUUUGGGUCACAGGGCCGUUCUAAACGAGCCUCUGGCUCAGGAACAGCCCCAGAUCAUGGGCAAGAAUGAGCCCAUCCCAACUAACGCCAUGGUCAAACCUAACGCCAAUGACGCCCAGGUGCUGAUGUGGCGGCCAAAGAAUGGUGACCCUGUGGUGGUCAUCCCACCCAAAUACUGACCUGUUUCACUGACCAGACUGGCCUUGGAUACCUUAACAGUAUCAUCUCUUAUUUGUUAUCUUUCUUUUGUUCCUGCUCGUCACCAGCUCUCACUGCUUUAACCCUUUCCCUUUUUUUUUGCCUCGAUAUUCUUCUGUCUUAUGUUAAUUAAAAAAAAAAAAAAAAAAAACUGACAGAGAGAGAGAGAGGAAAAAAAAAAACAGGCAGAUAUGAAUGAAAAACCAGCUCAGAAAAAAAAAAAGACCAGCUUUGGGUGGAGGAGGGUUUGAACACACUUUUAAAACUGGAGCGAACAAACUGCAACCAUUCUACCUUCAAAGUGGGUCGGGUCGCACUGUGCUAAAUGAAAUCGUUGCAAAAAUGAAAAAGUAGAAAAUUUCCUUGUUUUUUUAAUUUUUAUUUUAUAUUUUUGGCUGUUCAGGCCAAGUGAUAUUUGGGUUUGUGAGUGUGUUCAAGUAUUUACGUGAUGAUGAUGACUACACACAUGCUACAUACACGGAUGUACACAAACUUUGUGUAUGAAUACUAGGUUGUGUAUUUAUUUAUGGGCUGGGAGAGAGUGCAUUCAAUUUUGUUUGUUGUUGUUGUUGUUGUUGUCAUUGUGUGCUCCACAUGACGAAUUGCAUUGGGUGACAUACUAGAUUUUAGUACCUUUUUUAAAAAAAACAAACAUGCAAGACAUUCAAUCCAUGCUGCCUUAAGUUUACAUCGCUUUCCACUGCAAACUUUUUUAGCCUUAAACAAAGUGCAAUGCAGUAUUUUGCUCAUUUGUCCUGACUCUUCCAGACUGUUGGUGCUGGGAUAUGUGGGUUUAGGACAGGAAUAAUACCACAGAAGAACACCACCCAGGUGUGACGGCUUUUAUGCUCAAAUGUAUUGUUUCACGAGUACAACCGGCGUUAUGUGUGGACACAGUUACACAACCGAGCUAACCGGUUGUGUUUCAAGUGCAUUAUGCAACAGAAGAGACGCUCUCUGAUGUACAAACAAGAAACCAUCAGCAAAGUCUAUAGCACUCGACACGAUAACGCGCAAUAGCAACGUGAGCAAAAAGUACUCCAAAGCACUCCUUAGCUAGACUCAUUUCAUUCACUUUGUUCUUGCAGAAAACAAGUUUUUCUUUAUCUGUAUCACUCCAUCUCAGGGCCCCUUUUUCCUCUCUUCUCUGUUUUCAUCCAUCCUGUCUGGCCUACUCUUUCUUGCCACAGUGAAUAACUAAGUGUUUGCAUUGUGCACACACACACACCGAACAAUCAAUACUUUGAUUAAUAAGCAGUCGCACAGAGGGUAAAUAACUCGUAAGAACUGGAGAAUAAAAACAGCAUCUGCUUUGUCAUCCUUUCACCACUCGCCUGACAAUUCUUAAACGCGUUGUAAUAAUAGUUGUUCCUUUAAAUUAACAGCAUCCCCUAUAUUUCUAUAAUAUUAAUCUUCAUCUACACCAGUCUCCUACCGCCCACUCCUCACUUCUUCCACUCCUCUUUCUCUCGUCUCUAUCUGUUGCCGAGGCUGAAAAGCAGAGCAAGAGGCAUGCAAGUUUGAUCCCGACUGCUCGGUUGGCAUAUAGAUGACCCAAUUCUCUGCUUUGCCAGUUGUAGCUCUCGCUGCAGAAAUGUGGGGCUUGUCUCUCCUUAUUUCACCCUCGAGCAAAAUGUACGACACAAACACACGCAUAAACAAGCAGCUCUGGUCAGCUAAGAACCAACAUUAGCUGAGAUCAUGCCCAUUUAACUGUUAAUCUUUCAGAAGGGCUUCAGCUGGAAACUGAAAACUCUUUUAAAAGGCAAAGAGAAGGGGUGUUUUAUCUCAGUAUCGUGGGGAGCAAAACAUAUGAGUAAAAGGUUUUUUAGUCUGUACACACACUUUUCUUCUAAUAAGCUCUGUAAGAGUUUGCUCUUCUAAUGGCCAGUUUUUCCACUUUCAGAUGUUAAAACAUCACUGAAUCUCUCUCACUGUGUUUUGGCUCCAACCAAAGAAAUCAUUUGCAUGCAAGUCUGAUCUGCUCACGUAUUUCACAAAGAUCAGUAAGCUGCUGCUGUUUCAGUGUGUAAGCAUCUCCUUACUAUCGACGACACAAAGCAUUCACCUGUACAGACUUCAGUUCAGGACAUUUAUUUUAGUCCUUUUGAGGAUAUUCUGUUCACUUGUAUGUCUGUAUACUAAAUAUGAAGCUACAGUUAGCAGGUAGCUUGGCAAGAUCGGAAGAAUCAGUAAACAUCUAGCCUGCCUCUAUCUUAAGGUAAUUUGCCUACCAACACAUCUAAAGCAAACUAAUCUUAAAAUCCUAAAAAAAGUCUUGGCUUUACAGAAGGUGUUUCCAGUCUUUUUGCUAUGCCAACUGCCUCCUGGCUAUAGCUCAUAUUUAACUUAGAUAUAUAUUCUUGUCUAACUGCAAGGACUUCCCGAAAUACUGGCUUGCUGAUUAAAUACUUCUUUAACUGUGAGUGAAAUCCAAAUAUAUAGAGUGGAAUUACAACCUUACACUUAGCCGGUAAAAUGUAUUUAAGUCAAUAUGAAGCUGGUCCAGAGAUCAAACAUCAAACGUCCAAUCUGCUUUGUUCACAUUAUAACAACUUUCUAUCUACCGCCUGCUUGGCUUGGUUCACAUGUAACUGCCAUGCAGCCUCUGCUCCAGGCUGGGUCGCAGGGUGUCGGUGGUGAAGGGAGAAGAGAAGUUAAAAAGGCUAUUGGGUGACUGCUAUCAUAAUUAGAUCCGCAGUGACACACUUAUAUGCCCUACAUGGACCGAACUGUGCCGAGUCGUGCCACGCCGUGCAACUCAAGGGCUAGCUAGAGUCAUGGGUGAGGUUUAGUGAGGUCAAAUAGCAAAGGUGAGGGUCGGGGAGGGGGGCUGUCAAAGUCCUAAAAUGUAUUUGUAGACAGUCGUGUCGCAGUUGGGGGAAAUGAAUAUAAAGGUGACAACAAACCGAAUCCAUUUAGACAUUAAAGUCAGCUCAAAAUAACAUUGGCAUUUGCUCAAGUGCAACUUGGAUGUCAACCACAAGUUAUUUAAAUUUGCAGUUUAGUUUGAAGGCAGCGGUAGAAAGCUACGGCUCGGCUCAUGUUAUGACCUCAGUGACCUUUAACGUAACGUAGCACAGAGGACAUCUUCACAUCGUGGACUGCCUUGUAAUGUCUUCGAUGACCUAUGGACUCUUGUGGAUAGCACUCAAGUUGACUUCACGUAAUGUAAUUAAACCGUGACAUGUGUGUAUGUGUGUAUGCAUGUGGGUAAAUCCCAUUUGAGGGAUUUCAGGCUGGCUGAGGAGUUUCACUGAUGUGCUUCCGCUGUUGUCGAGUCAUGAUUCCUUCUCUCUCGGCCUCUCUCACAUACAGUGCAGGGAAAAGUAACGUCCUUGUUGUAGAACAGGGACAGAGCUUGCCCUCACAAACACACAAACACCCUGAGGGGGAAGGAGCAGCCUGGCGUGGUAUCUGAUGGUCCCAGCAGUGUCACAUUGGCAGCGUGAACUCAUUUUAUCAGCCCUGCACGUGGACCGUCCGAACACAUGCACAUGGUUCCACCUGUUUACUAAUAAACAGCAAGUUAAAUAUAGAUAUAUAUAUAUAUCUUUGUGAAUAGGAUUCAACAUGAAAAAUAAAUGGAGGUAUUGUGGUCACUGAGUGGGUGCCUGUUAACUGUCAACAGCAUUUCAUGUUAUAUUCUAAGAAAAGGGCACUAAUUGUCUUCUGUGUGUGUUUGUCUGAAUUUGUUAAAGAUGUAUUAAUCUGUAUUUUAUGUUCACACAACAGAAAAACAUCAUAGAUGCUUUACGUGCUUCCUUAACUAAGCCAGAGAAAAACAAAACUGCAAAGUGUUCGUUUGCUGUAUGGAGGGCAAAAAGUGCCAAAAUUGGACAAAGCCAAAACUAUGCAGUCAUUGUAAGUGACUUGUGACUCAAAAAACAAAACAAAAAACAAAACAAAAAAAAUCUCCUGGCACUUAAUAGGACUGUUUUCACUUGUUUCUGAUCAUUAAAUGUGUUUGUAUUUCUAAAGAAACAUCACAAAAGCAAAAUGUAGCCAUGUGGAAGAUUCUUUGUUGUGCUGUAUUCUGUUUGUAGGGCUGUGCCAAGUGAAAGAAAGCUUCCUCUCCUAAACCCACACCAUUACAGUUCUUCUGAAGGCUGCUACCUUUGCUUCAGAUCUUUAUGUUGUUGUUUAACGCCAUGAGGCAUCAGUGAAUCGUCAUCCCUUUCAUUUAAACCAAUAUUUAAACCAUCCUUACGUUCACACUCAGGCUCGCCUGCCUUCAUUUCCUGGCUUUUACUUGGUGGUUUUAUCCCAUUAAUAGGAAAAGUUAGUAUCAGUUCAUCUUCAAAUAAAGAACAUAAAACAGUCCCAUGGUUUUAAAUACAACCCUAAAGGUAGCAUAUAUAAGAUAAUAUGAUCAACCAUGUAUGUUUCUCAUUUUGUUUGGUUUGUUUUCUGGAAUCACAGCACUGAAAUCGUUAAAGCAGUUUGUUUUCUUUUGUUCAGCUUUGACUUUUUACACCAAUACUUGAAAAUGGGUCAGUUCUGGCAAAUAUUUAAAACUGUGAAAAUGCACAACACUGGGGAAACAACCCCUGAAAAUAUAUUAUAUAUAUAUAAAAAAGGUUUUUCAUGAAUGAAUAAAAUGUACAAAUAUUA